AUGCUCUGCGAUAUAGGUUUCAAGGAAAUCGAGGUCUCCUUCCCUUCUGCCUCUCAGACCGACUUCGACUUCACGAGACGCCUGGUCGAGACUCCCGGAGCCAUUCCAGACCACGUCGCCAUCCAGGUGCUGUCGCCUUGUCGCCCUGAUCUGAUCAAGCGCACCGUUGAGGCCGUUCAGGGUGCCAAGAACGCCAUCAUUCAUAUCUAUCUUGCCACCAGCGAGUGCUUUCGGCGAGUCGUCUUCAAUUACUCUGAAGAGGACACCCUUGAGCUGGCCGUGCGUUGCGCCAAGCUCGUCAGGUCCCUGACAAAAGACGACCCCUCUCAAUCAGGCACCAAUUGGCAGUUCGAAUUCAGCCCCGAGUGCUUCUCCGAUACCUCACCUGCGUUCGCCGUCAAGGUCUGCGACGCCGUCAAGGAGGCUUGGGGGCCUACAGUCGAGACGCCCAUGAUUGUGAAUCUUCCGGCUACGGUCGAGAACGCCUCCUGUAACGUGUUUGCUGAUCAGGUUGAAUACUUUUGCAGGCACAUCUCGGAGCGCGAAAAGGUCUGCGUCAGUGUGCACAACCACAACGAUAGGGGUACCGCCGCCGCCGCCGCCGAGUUGGCUCAGAUGGCCGGCGCUGACCGAGUCGAGGGAUGUCUCUUUGGAAACGGCGAGCGUACCGGCAACGUCGACCUGGUCACCCUCGCCCUGAACCUGUACACCCAGGGAGUUCCCUGCGGCUUGGACUUUUCAAACCUGAACCAGAUUAUCGACGUGGUCGAGAACUGCAACAAAAUCCCCGUCCAUCCUCGCGCUCCAUACGCCGGCUCCCUGGUGGUAUGUGCCUUCUCGGGAAGUCACCAGGACGCCAUAGCGAAAUCGAUGCAAAAUCGCCGGCGCGAGGGCAAGACCUACGAGGACCGCUGGGAAGUGGCGUAUCUGCCACUGGAUCCAGAGGAUAUCGGCCGCACCUACGAGGCCAUCAUUCGUGUCAACUCUCAGAGCGGCAAGGGCGGCGCUGCCUGGAUCAUCCUACGCAAGCUCCACUUGGAUAUCCCCCGCGGGCUGCAAGUUGCGUUUUCCAAAGUUGUCCAAAAGAAGGCCGACAGUCUUGGCCGUGAACUCCUAGCCGAGGAAAUCACUUCUCUUUUUGAGGCGACCUACUUCCUCCGCGAGAACCCUCGGUUUUCCCUUGUGGACUACUCCAUCACCCCUGACCGCUCACAGUCUCCUGCACCGCCCUCGCCGGGCAAGACGCAGGACACCAAGAACCUAAUGCGUGUCUUUGAGGGUGUCAUCUCCGUUGAUGGUAAAGAGAUCAAGCUCCGUGGACGGGGCAAUGGUCCUAUCUCUAGCAUGGCAAAUGCCCUCAAGGAUCUUGGCAUCGACCUCGACGUCAACGACUACAAGGAACACGCCAUUGGCGAGGGCCGUGGCGUCAAGGCUGCAUCGUAUAUUGAGUGCAAGAUUGGCAACACCAAGCAGACGGUGUGGGGGAUCGGCAUACAUGAGGACGUGGUCCAGAGCUCCCUGAUCGCGCUGCUGAGCGCCGCUACCAAUUUCGUCACGAGCAGACCCGGAAGUCCUGUUUUCAAGCCAAAUGCGGCUCGUCCCAAGGCGCUCGGCCCCAACGGUGCCAAUGGCGCGGCCGAGGAAUCUGCCGAUGCUCCUCGGGAGACUGCCGGGGUAAUUUCUAUGCUGGAGGACAAGGCGAAGGGCAUGUAG